AUUGGAGGGAGACACUGGACGGUGUGCCAAGUCCCAGCGCAAGAAAGUCACUCACCACAAACAACCACUCUCUCCCCCUAUAUAUAUCUUCCAAAGUUACACCCAAGAGUUAUUUCCCUAUUUCCUACUCUCUCUCUCUCCCUCUCUUUCUCUCUCCAACUAUUAGCCCUCUUGCAUUCCAUCAGCAGAACCACAGAGCUGCAGCAGCACUUGCAGCAGAACAAUAGUCAAAAUCAAUCCUCCAUCACUAGUUAGUUCCAUAACGGUCUUUUUUUCCCCAUUUUACCCUCCCAUUCCCAUCCAAUUUCCACACCACCACUAGAUCUCAAAAAAAAAACCCCGAAAAAGAUGAUUACUUGGCACGACCUGUACAACGUGCUGACGGCGGUGAUCCCCCUCUACGUGGCGAUGAUCCUCGCCUACGGAUCCGUGCGGUGGUGGAAGAUCUUCAGCCCCGACCAGUGCUCCGGCAUCAACCGCUUCGUGGCCAUCUUCGCUGUCCCGCUCCUCUCCUUCCACUUCAUCUCCACCAACGACCCUUACGCCAUGAACUUCCGCUUCAUCGCCGCCGACACCCUCCAGAAGCUCAUCAUGCUCGUCCUCCUCACCGCCUGGGCCAGCCUCUCCCGGAACGGCAGCCUCGAGUGGAUGAUCACCAUCUUCUCCCUCUCCACCCUCCCCAACACCCUCGUUAUGGGCAUCCCCCUCCUCAUAGCCAUGUACGGCGACUACUCCGGCACCCUCAUGGUCCAGAUCGUUGUCCUCCAGUGCAUCAUCUGGUACACCCUCCUGCUCUUCCUCUUCGAGUACCGCGGCGCGAAGAUGCUAAUAAUGGAGCAGUUCCCAGAGACGGCCGCCUCGAUCGUGUCCUUCAAGGUCGAGUCCGACGUCGUUUCCCUCGACGGCCACGAUUUUCUCGAGACCGACGCGGAGAUUGGGGACGACGGGAAGCUGCACGUGACGGUGAGGAAGUCGAACGCGUCGAGGCGGUCGUUGGGCGGGCACGGGAACAAUAACUACUUGGGGCUGACGCCGCGGCCGUCAAAUCUCACGGGAGCCGAGAUUUACAGUCUCAGCUCGUCGAGGAACCCGACGCCGCGGGGGUCGAACUUUAACCACUCGGAUUUCUACUCCAUGAUGGGGUUUCCCGGAGGGAGGUUGUCCAACUUCGGACCGGCCGACAUGUACUCGGUUCAAUCGUCGAGAGGGCCCACGCCGAGGCCGUCCAACUUCGAAGAAAACUGCGUGGCCGGGGCGCAGGCUAUGAGCUCGCCGAGGUUCGGGUACUUUCCCGCGCCACCGGUGCCCGGUUCUUACCCGGCGCCUAAUCCGGAAAUUGCGAAUGCGGUUCCCAUCAAGGGUUUGAAAAAUCAAGGCCAGCAAGUCGCGCAGCCGCAGCAGCAGAUUAUCAAGGCAGGGAGCAACGACGCCAAGGAGCUUCACAUGUUUGUGUGGAGCUCUAGCGCGUCACCCGUGUCAGAAGGCGGUGGGCUGCACGUGUUCGGUAGCAACGAGUACGGCGCGUCGACGGAGCAGUCCGGACGGUCCGAUCACGGCGCCAAGGAAAUCAGGAUGUUGGUCUCUGAUCACCCGCAAAAUGGGGAGAACAAAGUAAUGCCGGGAACAGAGGAGUUUGGUGGGGAGGACUUCAGCUUUGGUGGUGCCGGAGAUAGAGGAGGAGAGGAGGAGAGAGAAAAGGAGGGACCCAUUGGCCUCUCAAAGCUGGGGUCCAGCUCCACGGCUGAGCUACAUCCUAAAGUUGCGGGCGGUAACCAUUCUGGCGCCGGAAAACAGAUGCCUCCGGCAAGUGUCAUGACCCGUCUGAUCUUGAUCAUGGUUUGGCGUAAGCUUAUCCGAAACCCCAACACCUACUCGAGCAUCAUUGGCCUAGCUUGGUCUCUAAUCUCGUACCGGUGGCAUGUGGCUAUGCCGGCAAUAAUAAAGCACUCAAUUUCGAUACUCUCAGAUGCUGGUCUUGGAAUGGCUAUGUUCAGCCUAGGCCUGUUUAUGGCUCUUCAACCCAAGAUAAUCGCAUGUGGGAAUUCGGUCGCCACGUUCGCCAUGGCCGUGAGGUUCCUCACCGGCCCGGCUGUGAUGGCCGUGGCUUCCAUUGUCGUUGGCCUCCGCGGGACCCUCCUUCACGUCGCCAUUGUGCAGGCCGCACUUCCACAAGGGAUCGUUCCAUUUGUUUUCGCGAAAGAAUAUAACGUUCAUCCCGCAAUUCUUAGCACUGCGGUUAUCUUUGGAAUGUUGAUUGCAUUGCCAAUCACUCUAGUGUACUACAUACUUCUCGGAUUAUGAAAUCUCCCAAAACACGAAAGAAAGGGGAAAUUCGGAGAGAAGAUUUUAUACAUUGCUCGAUAAAACUCUCACUUGGGAGAAUCGAUGGGUGCACGUGCCAUGGUAUUUUUACUAGUUAUCCAUGGAAGAACUCAUUGGAGGUCGUUUUCUAAAGAACUAGCGUAAGCUCCAGGACACUUUGUGUCGAUAGUUUUUGACUUAAGCGAAUCCCCUAUGGAAGGAUCUUCUGCCGAUUGAACUACAUGCGUUAUCGGUUUGGUCACCGGGAGGGGGAAAAAUUGGAGGGCUUGGUGAGGAGAAGGGAGACAAGAGGGAGGAAAUCUCGGAAAGUCGUAAAAUGGAGAUUUGACUUGUAAUUUCUCAUCAUAAUCUUCGCGCUUGUAAAGUUUGAUUUUAUGAUUAACCUUUUGUCGUUUUUAUUAGGAGGAGGAUAUUCAUUUGCAUUUUCAUGUUUAGAUAUUUCUCCAGUUAAUUAAUCAGAAAAGAGUCUUGUUUGUUGUUUUU